AUGCAGCAACCCAAGGUUGAUCUGCUUAAAUCUACUAAAUCCUCUGUAUCCACUGUAUUCAUGCAACAACUCAAGGUUGAUUUGACCAAGCCUACUAGAUCCUCUGUAUCCACUGUAUCCAUGCAACAACCCAAGGUUGAUCUGCCUAAAUCUACUAGAUCCUCUGUAUCCACUGUAUCCAUGCAACAACUCAAGGUUGAUUUGCCCAAGCCUACUAGAUCCUCUGUAUCCACUGUAUCCAUGCAACAACCCAAGGUUGAUCUGCCUAAAUCUACUAGAUCCUCUGUAUCCACUGUAUCCAUGCAACAACCCAAGGUUAAUUUACCCAAGCCUACUAGAUCCUCUGUAUCCACCGCAUCCAUGCAACAAUCCAAAGUUGACUUAUCCAAAUCUACUAAAUCCUCUGAAUCCGCUGCAUCCGUACAACUUAAAACUACUAGUUCUCUAGAUCCUUCAAAACCCAAAGUUUAUAAUAUUUCAAAUAUUCCAUCUAAAACCUUAUUACCUCAUGUUCUAAUAAAGUCCUCUGUCUCUGAUAUCCCAUUAUCUCUGCUAGUAGACUCAGGAUCAUCUGUAAGUCUAUUGAAACAUUCUUGCAUUAUGAAACAUCCCAAACUCACAAAAGACAUAAUUCAGUUAAAGGGUAUAGACCCAACUGAUAACCCUGUCUGCACUCAAGGUGAUACUUACCCUAUACCUCAAAUCACUGAAAUUUUAGAUCAACUUGGCGAUAGUAAAUACUUCUCUACUUUAGAUCUGUCAUCCGGUUUUCACCAAAUUCAAUUAAAUGAAGCAGAUAAAUCGAAAACUGCCUUCACAAUUCCUGAAGGACACUUCCAAUUCACAAGAAUGCCAUUUGGGCUCAAAAAUGCCCCUUCAACAUUCCAAAGAAUGAAUUCUGUACUGUCGGGCCUCCAAGGUAAACUAAAUUCAGCUGCUGAUGCCCUCUCUCGAUAUCCUGUCAAUCCUAUCUAUCCAAAAAAUCAUACCAACCUGAACCCUAAUAAUGAUGAAAUUCCUGACGAUGACCUACAAAACCUUCUAAUAUCUCCUUCCAGCCUAGAAGCCGAUCUAGCUGAUCCUGAAAUAAAUAACGAAUUACUAGAUUAUUUGAAUGAUAUGUUAGACAAUGAAUCUCCUGGAAAACAACCAGAACCACAACUUUCAUCAAAUCAAGAAAACCUCGAAAUCUUACCUUCUUCUGUCCAGUCUGCACCUGAAAGUCCUCCUCUAGUACCUGAAAACUUACUUUCUGAUCGAACUGCACCUGAAACUCCACCUUUAAUACCCGAAGAUUCACCUUCUUCUAACCAGACUACACCUGAAACUUCAUCUAUACAGUUCGGAUCAGAUGAAACCUAUAAUACUUUCCUAAAAGCAUCCAAAAAUGUACACGACACUCUUAUUAUAGAACAUAAUGAAAAUCUACUUAAAACCACACAAAACCUCAUUAUUAUACCUACCUCCAUAGACUUGGAUGAGUCUAUGCCUUACAUUCAGGAAAUCAUUAAUAGUUGUUCAGAACCCGAUCGGACAUAUUGGCCCAAGGUCAUCCGGAAUUUAUUCAUCAAAUCAACGUGA